CUUUCGUUUUUAGGAGCAUUCGAAACAUUUCUAAAUUUUGCCUUGUGAUUGUGAUUGUGUACACGUUGGAAAAGAAGAGAUCAUCGAAAUGGCAGAUAUUACAAAUGUUUUCAAAGCAACAGUGAAGGCUUUACGAACCAGAAAGAAAUUUACAGGAGAUGGACAAAAAUCACAGACGUUUACUAAUAUUUUACCAUCAUCAAAGCACAAAGGCGACUUUGAAAAGAAAAGCAAAGAAGUAGUGCAGAGUAUCACAAAAUUGAAAGACUUCUUACUGGAACACAGGAAAGCCUAUGUUAGCACUGGAGGUCACCUGAGUGCAGAAACAUCCAGCAUGACAGACACGGAACGUGAUAAGAUUGAUGAAGAGGCAGAGAAGGUGAUCCACAUGUGUCAGGAAUCUUUGACUCUGAUUAAAAACUUAAAUGGCCGACUUCAACCUCAGACAAAAGAACACAGAGCAGCUGUCAUCAAACUUGUAGAUGAUUAUUUGAAAGUGGUUUGUAAACUUUACAGUGAGCAGAGAGCAGUGAGGGUGAAGAGGGUAGUUGAUAGAAAAAGAUUGUCAAAAUUGGAACCUGACAAGUUAAUAAAACAGAAACGACUUAACAAGCAGCCCUCUCCAACAGAACUUAACAACACUAAUCAAUCCAAUGAACAGAGCCAGUCUAGUCAAGAAGAUGAAAAAACACCCACAAAAUCUAAACAUUCAGAGGAAAGGAUGGAGGAAGAGGAGGACAUAUCACCGGAGGAGGCACAGAUGUUUGAGAAAGAAAAUGCAGCAUUAUUUGAAGAGAUGAGUAGUAUGUCACAAGAAGUUGGUCAAAUAGAGGGUAAAGUCAUGGAAAUUGCCAAACUCCAAGAAAUCUUCACAGAAAAAGUGUUAGAACAGGAGAAAGAUAUAGACAGAAUUGAGCAGGUGGUUGUUGGUUCCACAGAAAACAUUAAAGAGGGCAAUGAGGAGAUCAGACAAGCUAUGAAGAACAGUGCUGGUUUCCGUGUUUACAUUUUAUUUUUCCUCCUCCUACUGACUCUAUCACUACUUUUCCUGGACUGGUACAACAGCUAACAAAGGGAGACAACUUGUAUAGAAAAAGAAUUCAAGCUGUUAAAGGGAGCCAACUUUUGUCCCCCAGUGUUAUAAUUUGAAACCUCACAGAUGCCAACUUGGGAAAGUGCAAUUUGCUUGCUGGAGCGUCCUCCUUAUAGACAAUAGUAUUAUUACUACUUUAGCCAGCUCUUCUUUUGCCUUUUGUACACCCCAUCACAGAAAUGAUAACAAUAAUUUAGACAAGUAGUGCAUUGUAUUUAGUGCAUAUAACAGUAAUUUUAAAAACAAGUUGCACUUGUAUACUGUAAAAUCACAUAUUUUCAUGGGGUCAAAUUUUUGUGGUUUUAGUAAAAACUCUUGGUUCGUGGGGAUUUGAAUUCGUGGAUGAAGAAUUGUUAUUAUGUAUGUAACAUUUUACAUUUAGUGGUGGACAUGAAUUCGUGGGUCUCUUCAUACCUCAAAAACAAUGAAAAUUAAACCCCCACGAAAAUUUGUGAUUUCACAGUACUUUGAAUUGAUUGUUACAUAUAAAUGGCUUAGUUGUGGCUAUUUCUUCCUCAAACAAAUGAAGAGCUUUGUGUUUGUGUAAUUUUGGAUUUCAAGAAAAAUAACACAGUAAUUGUCUUUUCUUCGUUUUAUUUCAUAACAUAUAAAUUGUUAAAGUAUAUAAAAAAUUAAUUUAUAUGAAUUUGUAUAUUUGUUUGUACAUGAAAUAAUUAAAUAAAUUAUCAAGAG